GCAGAUGGCACUAUUUACAACACCAAUUGGAAUGUACAUUGCAACACUUGUUCGCACACCACCCACGGGGCAUGUGGUGAGCAGAGCUAAGCUUUGAGGCAACUAAUGGUAUAUCAACACCGGGCUGCCCUACAAUAGUUCACAUUCUUGGAUCACUCACGGUGCCAGACAUACACAUUGCGAGUGAUACGGUCACUACCAAGGCAUCACAGAAGUGCACAACGAAGCCGUUGCCACUCAAUAACUACGAAGUGAACUUCAACCACAAAGGACACAACUUGGACCACUUCAGAGCUUUAGAGACUCUCCAAAGAUGGCAAAGAGCCCGCUGCACGCAGCAGAGGCAAUCAAAUUUGCAUGGGUAUCAAUCCAGGGAUUCAAGCCUAUGCUGCAGAGCCAGAUCAAUUGUAUGUAUUUGCCCGUUCAUGCUGCAUUGGCAGGGAGAGCUGUAGCAUGCAGCGCUGUGAAGGCUGGGCAGCCGCCUUUGGCUGAAAGCACAACAUCUGCAAACUGGCGCUCAGACAAGACAUCGCCCCCGUCCUCUGGCGAUCCCUCCGCCGCCGUUACGGACCGCUGCUUGCGCCCGUAGAUGUUC